AAUGCUUCCUAAAUUUUAGAACUCUUUUGCUUAAGAUAAGAAUCUUUAAACUCUUAUUGAAUCAUUUAAUUAAUCUCAGAAAAAUCCUAAUGCAUUGUAAAGAUAACGUUUCCUUUCAUAUAUGCCUCCUGGAACUAUUAGACCAACUCCUAAUGGUACUACAUAAGCAUUAAGUAAAAAUACUUUAUUUUGAAGACAUCUUUCAGGAAAAAGUAUCAUUUACAUUAUUAGCAAAUCCAUCUAUCAAGUAACAUUCCUUAAUCAUUUCAUUCUUAGUUCAAUUUUGACAAAUGAUUAAUAAGACAUAAUAUUGAAAUUUUAAAUUGGCAAUAGAAAUUUUUAAAUUGUUACUCUAGAUCGACCUAUGAAAGAUUAGAAAGAAGAAGAAUCAAAUUAGAAUCCUUAAAUUGUAAAUGAUAUAAAUUAAAUAGAUUUAUCCAUAUUAAUAAUAAAAAUAAAAGAUUGAUUUUAAACUUGAAGAUGCAGAUGAAAUAGAAGUUAAUGGAAAUGAUAACUCUUUAACCAUUUCUACUAAAUCAAUUAUUAAAUAUACAAGAAGUGAAUAAAAUAAAAAACCUAUACAAAAUUUACAUUAAGAAAUUUAAAGUAAUUUAUAUAUAUAAAUAUAAGAUAAAAAUGAAGCAUAGAUGAUUUAAAUUCAAUUUAAAUUUUUAAGAGAAUGGUUUGUUAAAUUAGGAAAUAAUUAAUAUGGUGCAAAAAAAGUUUUAUAAGAAUAUCUAAAAUCCUUAUUAAUACCUAAAAUUAAAUUUUUAGCAUUUGAUCAAUAAUAAUCUAUACCUGAACCUACUCCUUAACCUCCAUAACCAGAUCUUGAUAAAAAACCAUAGAAAAUUGAAGAAUAAGAGCCAGAAGAAGAUUAACAUGAUUUAAUACCUGAAAAGGAUCUCUAAAAUUUAUUCCCUCAUGUAACAGAGGAAUUUGUAUAAAGGUAAAGAGAAGCAUUAGAAAAAAGUAUGAUAUGAAUAUGAACAAAAUUAGAAAACUAGACAACAGAAGAAAAGAUCAAACGUUUAUUUGAGGAAGUAAGGAUUAGACAUUUUAAAUCUUAACCUUAUAAUGCAGAGAAAAAUGUCUUUAAAUGUCCAUAUCAUAAAUGUUAGAAGGUUUACAAAAAACCAAAUCAAUUAAAAAAUCAUCUUAAGACAAAUCAUUAAAAAUUGUCAGAGAUUGGUUUCACAAUUGAUGAUAAUGGAGAAUAUAAAUAUAAUGAAAGAAUCUUAGAUUAUUGUUAAUUAUUGUGGAAAGUUUAUCCUAAUUUUGUAAAGUCUGUUAUUAAUGAAGUAUUGAUAUAUAUAUUAUAAAAUUUAUAGAUGAGAUAAAGGAAAGAUCAACCUAGUACAUGA